AUGAUUUCAUUGCGUAUCUGUGUGGAAUUCUGCGCUAUCAAAGAGAAAUUCUCUUUGACUCUUUCUGACUUGCUCCCUAAGACUUGCGGUGCUAGACGGCUCACUCGCCGUUCCUUCCUUCUGCAGUCGUUAGUGAUGGAAGAUUCUCUGCAACUUAGCUUGAAAUCUAUGAAACUGGUGGAUGACGAAGAACCCCUCACACUUCCUGAUAGCCCGAGAUUCAGGGUUUUCGAUGAGAACUUGACGAGUCUGCUGGGGAUGUUACUGAACCCGGAUUGUCAACCAAUGGCUAAAAUGAUUGAUUAUAUGCCGACCGCUUGGCGUGUGUAUGGUAGAGUCAGAGGCAUAGCAUUGUCUCGUGAUAGGCACAUACCGACGAAGUUCUUCACAACUGAUACCAUGUUCAAGCUUGCUUCUGAAGUGGGUAAAGUGGAAAAGAUAGCUUAUGAUCCUAAAUUUUCACUUACUAAGGAUUAUAUCAGAGCGUUGAUUACCUUUGAUACUGAGAAGCCAGCCAAAGCCACUCGGAAGUUGACAGUGAAGAAAGAUGGAACAACGGUUACUAUUGAAUUCGAAUAUGAGCGAAUUCACAAGCGGUGCUUUCACUUCCUUUGCAUUACGCAUGAAAAGGUCAGAUGUCCUCUGUUGAGACGAGGCGCAACGAGGCAGGAUCCAAAUAUUUCUGCUCCUAUGAGUAGAGUGCAAGACAUUGAGGAAAGGGUUGAAAGUAGUCACAGAAAUCCUCCUAUGGAAGGCCCUCCAGGCUUCCCUCCGUUGUUUCCAGAACUCCCUCCGCAAGAACAGAAAGCUGCUAUGCUGUACAUCUCCCAUGCUGACGCUACAGAGAGACAAGCGAGAAUCAUGAGAGUGCGCCAGGCUAUCUCAGACCAAGACCAAACCCACGUCGCUACACUAACGAAGUUUACUGCAAACCUAGAGAAGGGAUUUGUUGGCUCGCAGGAGCUAGCGGUCACUACGGGCUUUCAGAUUGGUCUGUCUUCUACGACGCCAUCUUCCGGUGACAGUAUUACUCCUAAGCAGCAGAGACGUAGACCUCCUUCCUGGAAACGUAAAGCUCAAGCUGGUAAAGGAGCUUCUCCUAGCAACCGAAUCUCUAAGUCUUCAGCGCCACAAUUGGAGAGUAGUGGUAAACGUAAGACUGAUGCGAUUUCUAUGUCUCCCUCCAAGAAACUCUCUACUCCAACAACUAAUUCGGUGGCUUCCAGUCUGAAGCCGCUGCUCCCCCAAUGA